UGUUGUUAUUAUCAUCAUCAUCGUACCGGUAUAGGUUUCAUAUUUCAACGCGGAAAAGUACAUUCAUAUUUUCGUCUAAUCACAUAAAAAUAAUUUGCGAUAUGAAAUUAGUGAGAUUCCUAAUGAAGCUAAGUCAUGAGACUGUAACAGUUGAAUUAAAAAAUGGAACUCAGAUCCAUGGAACAAUCACUGGAGUAGAUGUAGCGAUGAACACUCAUCUAAAAAGUGUUAAAAUGACAAUAAAAAAUCGGGAUCCUAUACAUUUGGAAUCUUUAAGCAUUCGAGGAAACAAUAUUCGCUAUUUUAUUCUACCGGACAGCCUUCCACUGGAAACAUUGCUUAUAGAUGACACUCCAAAAUCCAAAUCAAAGAAGAAAGACAGUGGUCGUGUAGGAAACCGCGGUCGAGGAAGAGGAAGCCGUGGUCGUGGUGGCCCAAGAGGUCGCGGUAGAGGUAGAGCACCUAGCAGGCGAUAACUAUAUUUAUAUAUAUAUAUAUAUAUACAUAUUUCAACAAAAAUAAAAUUUAACAUCAAA